UUUUGCAGAUUUUAAGAAAUUUCUAUCUGUGGUUUCGCAAGAUUCAUCUAAGUGUACUAAUCAAGUUAAUCUACUGGUAUACUGCAUGAAAACUACCAUAACAAUUAACAAAAAUACAAAAUACAUUUCCAUUACCAAAAUUAAUUUCACAAUCAAUCAGAAAAUGAACGCUUUACGAUAUGUCAGUAACAUUAAUUACCGCGACACAAAUAGAAUGGUAACUGGUGCCUAAAUGUAGUUAUUAGUUUGACUUGAUUGUUAAAUAAUGAAUUCAAAGUGCCCGAGGCAAGCCACCGACCGACGCGGCACGAAAAUUUACCAAAUAAACAAUACAGUUCACCUGCCGGCAUUGCCAAAGAGCGGGGGUCAAACUCGCGCAUUCAAUUAUGUACCUAUAGGUACCUACGUAUGUAUAUACUUUCACUACGUUUUAGAACAAAGGGGCAACGGUCUCUGUUUUAUUACACGGCUUUAUGACAAAGGUAAAAAAGUGUAUUAUGUGAGUCAACCUGUCUGUGUAAUUAUGUCGGAGAAAUUAUUUAGUCUUGUAUUUGUUUUAGAGUUUAAUUUUCAUUUUAAGCUCGGUAGUUCUGGUUUAUUUUCGUCCAUAUUUAAGUAACUUUUGCACUUCGUUAUUUUAUGUUGUUGUAUAUGUUGUCUAACUCAAUUUGAAUAUUCACAAAGCACUGUCAUUUAUAUGGGAACUAUUUAAAAUAAAAUAAUAAAACAUUUUAGCAUACUCAACAAAACUGUUCACGGUUUAUUUUAUGCUCAUAUCAGCAAGCAUAUUCCAAGACUCAGUGGUCAGGAUGACGACAAUAGCGGACAAUACGACAUUGAAUGCAUAAAACCAGUUGUAUGACGCACACACACAUCAGGAGCGGUGCAGGACGGCCAUUGAAUGACAUUACAAAAGGUAUUGUGCGCCCGGACUAGUUUAUCUCGCGACCAUUCGUUGAGACUACGUUCUGCACUGAUAACAUGCGAAAUGCUCGUCAUUUGUACGCUACAUGAUUCCAACGAUAAAACAGUGGCAAAAACGAAUAUAGCUUGAUAAAAUCGUCACUUAUAAAAACAAGAUAUGGAAAAAGGAACUGCCACCCGGCGUAGAUUUACAUUUGUAAUGUAGUAAAGAUAAGAUUAGAUCACUGACCGACUGAUCAUCACAACUUGCGUUGAGUUCUAUCUAUAAAAGACGUUUAUGACAAAUCAGAGUAAAUUUUUAUUCAUCAUGAUAUUUUAUAAAACUAAUAAAGUCAUUGCAGGCGGAUGAUUUCAAUGAUUUCUUGAGCAUUUGCUCAAUCGUCAUAAAAAUCCCAGUUUAAUCUAUAUUUUGUCACCAACGUGCUAGGUCCUAGCACCGGUAUAGGUAGAGGCCACCAAAACUAUUUUAUCUCACAGAUAUAUCAUUUCGUCAUUUUAACCAUUGAUACUGAAAUAUUAGAUAUAUAUAUUGGUGAUAAGCCAGUCUCUCGAUUCAGUGGUUUAGAAAACACAUCUUUAUCUCGUGCGUAAUAUAACAAAAGUGAAUUUCAGAAAAUGCCUCUGAGAAAAAUAUCACGUCUUGAACAAGAUUUCAUUGAUUUAAUAUAUAAAUUGGCGGAAAUCAGUAACAUGGAAUUAACGGAAUAUGUUGUGAAGUUUGGUUUUGAAGAUGUCGAUAGUUUUCUUACUGGAUUGUUCAAAGUGGAUUUAACAGGAUUGAGAGAUGGCCAAAAAAUCAAGAGGCAAGUUCUACUAAAGUGGCAUCCGGAGGCAAAAAUGCGUUCCUGCUUCAGAGAAUGUUACAAACGAGAGGUUGUCUUCUACAAGCAGAUCAUGCCGAAGUUCCUAGACAUACAGAAUGAUUUCAAAAACAUUGAAGGAUUAAAAAUAAAGUUUCCGAACUGCAUUUACGCUAGUUCGGAAUAUGAUAAAGAAACGGUAGCUACUCUAGUGUUAGCAGACACUGGCUUCAGACUUCGUAACCGACUUGAUAAGCCAGACGUGGAUCACGUAGCGCUCGUGAUGAAAAAUUUAGCCAAACUGCAUGCGCUGUCGUUUGCUCUGGAGAAAACUAAUCCCAAAGAUUUUGAGGAGAUAACUCUCUUGUGUCAUAAAGACGUGCAGUAUUCUAAUCCGGGAUCUGCGCCGAAGAGCAUGAGGUCAUAUUACGAUGCUUCUGUGGAUUUGGUGCUAGAUCCCGUGGCGAAGAACAAGUUGAGGAAAGUAGCUCCAGAAAUACUGAACAUACUGUAUAGAUGUGUUCAGGCAGACCCACACAGUGCAAUAUGUCAUGGUGACUGCUGGAACAACAAUAUGCUUUUCAAAUAUAAGGGCUCGAAGCCAGUGGAUGUGAUUUUCUUUGAUUACCAGCUAACCCGGUACGCUUCUCCAGUCACUGACAUAUCAUACUAUCUGUACAUGUCUACAGAUGGGGAUUUCCUUCAACAACAUUAUGAUCUUAUCAUAGAAAUUUACUAUGGAACGUUAAGUGCAGUUCUUCGGCAGUGUGACUUGGAUGUUAACAACGUUUAUCCUCGUAAUAUCUUUGAAAAACAUUUGAAAGAUUAUUCAGUGCUUGGGUUAAUAGAGGCUUUAGUAUCAAUGAUGAUCAUAACAGCACCGUACGAAGAGGCGAUCAAAAUGACGGAAAUGAAAUAUGAACUCGAAGACCAAGAGAUAUAUGAGAACGGUUAUCAAAUCCGCAACGAACACGCGGAUAGAGUGAACGGAAUUGUUAGUGACUUUUUUCAAAGAAAUUAUUCUUUAGAUGCUUUAAUAAGUAAGUAAAUAAAGUUAAAUGCAAUUCCAAAUAUUGUGUAAUUAGGUUUAGAGAAUUCUCCUUUGUCCGUGAGGUGAAUGCGCGUAAUUUCGCCUCAAAUCAGAUAUUCGCCGGUAGAAAUAGCUAAGGUAAUCCUUAUUAACAUGUUAAUGCGCCCAUUCCGCGGCGCUUAAUACGUCGUUUGUAACGAAUUACACUAAUAUCGACUUUCGCUAUCCUUAGAACAGAGUUUAAUCUAGUUUUACGUUUUUUUUGAUGUUCUAACAAAAGAAAUAUUAAGAAUCCCGGCCCUGGCAAGGAAUUAAUUCCUCGUCGCUGCAGUUAAUUGUCUGUUACAAAGGUUUUUUCUUUGAAUCUCGGAUGGAACGAACGAGAAUCUUUGUUGGAAUGAAAAUAAUGGCUCGUAGAACAGAUGGCGAUAUUUAACAGUCUAUGCUACUGGCUGAUGGUUUUAUAAGCAUUUUUAAGAUAAUUAAAUUGUUGUCUUCAAUGGAUUUAUUGUCAAAGCGCGUUCAAACAUUCUUAGAUUAUACUAAGAUACCUUCGAGAUAGUUAGAAUGACGACUCAAAAAAAUGCUUUAUCAUUGAAAAUAAAAGGUAUGCUAUUAGAGACUAAAUAAAAUACUUGGAAUAUUUUGUAUCAUAUUUUUAUUUGUGUAAUGUUUCAGACAAUUAUUUCAGAAAGUUUAUCUAAUUUAGAAAAUAACCUUCAGGGAACUCAUUCGUCAUUGUAAUUUGAUAAAACGUCAAAUCCAUUAUUUGGAAAAUGUUUUCUAAUAUUCAAACUAAGUGGAAUUGUUAGACGACCUCCGACGAUAUUAAAUCUUGGUUGCUGUGAAGGCUUUUAUUUUUGGUGAAGCAAAUUGUUUUUUGUAGUAAAUCGUAGACGAGCUCUUUGGAUAAGAUAUCCUAUAUGAUUAGAUAUGUAGAGUCACAGGUAAUAGAUUCUGUCAUAGAAAUCUUAACAACAUAGAACAUUUGAGAUACAGACUUCCUAAAUAAAGAGGCUGGUUUUAAUGUUUUUA